UAUAGAGAGAAAAGGAAAAUAUAUAUGCGAAAGUUAUUAAGAGAUUAGUGUCGGUGAUCUUUUGAACUCCUCCUUUGCGGUUUCGUGUUCCUCUACUCUUCUUGUCCCACGUGUUCAUCAAACCUCUCUCCGCAUGUAAUCGCUUCGCCGUCAAACUCACAUCUUCUUCUUUCUCUAAAUCUUUCCGCAAGUCUCUAGAUCGGUGGAAAGUUGAUAUUUACGUGGCUUUUAGGACAAAAAUCCAUAUGGAGACAGCGAGGGAAGUGGCGGCGGCUGUUCCUACUUCAACGGUUGCGUCGGCGGCGGUGACGAGGAGGAGAGAGAAGCCGUAUAAAGGGAUAAGGAUGAGGAAGUGGGGGAAGUGGGUAGCGGAGAUAAGAGAGCCUAACAAACGGUCAAGGAUCUGGCUUGGCUCUUACUCUACUCCUGAAGCGGCGGCCAGAGCUUACGACACGGCGGUGUUCUAUCUCCGAGGUCCGUCCGCUCGCCUCAACUUCCCGGAGCUUUUAGCUGGCGUUACGGUGGAGGGAGGAAACGGUGGUGGGGAUAUGUCGGCGGCGUAUAUAAGGAGAAAAGCGGCUGAGGUUGGAGCUCAGGUGGAUGCGUUAGAAGCGGCGGGAGGGAAACGUCAUCAUCACCAUCAUCAUCAUCAACAACAACAGCUACCACGUGGCAGUCAUGAGUACGUGGAUGAUGAUCAUAGUCUUAAUCAUAGUGAUUAUCGUAUUAAUGAUGGUCACAACGAGUGUAGUAGUAAGGAAGAGUUUAAGAGGUGUAACGGGUCAUGGGAAGCGGUCGAUUUAAACAAACUACCCGACCCGGAAACUUCAGAUGACGAUUAGGAAAGGGAGGGAACUAAAAGGGUUUCCUUCUUUCUUCAUCUACCGAGUAAAACGUUGUAGAAGUUAAGGAAGUUUUAGAGAAUGUUUUAUCUUUAUGAUGCGCCUGGGGUUGCUAACAUGCACCUCCACCCUGUGAGUUUGUGAUUUACUAGUGUCAAGUGUAAUGAUAAUUUUCCAUAAAUAGCACUCUUUCCAAAACUUCAAUCAUCGUAAUCAAAGUGUUGCAUGUUUGGUA